AUGACGAACACAAUUGCAGAAUCUCCCGCUUACGGCCAGAACUAUCUCCGGUUCGAGAACUACACAAUAGGAUGGAUAUGUGCGCUCCCUGUGGAGGCAGAAUGUGCUUUGUACAUGUUGGAUGUUCGGCAUCGAGGCAUAUUUCCUUUUGUCCAUGGCGACGAUAAUCAGUACGAGGCGGGCAAGAUCGCUGGCCACAAUGUGGUUAUCGCCUCACUACCAAAGAAGUCAAUUGGAAGUGUCUCUGUAGCCACGCUUGCUUCCCAAAUGCGCCAGAGCUUUCGAAACCUACGGUACGGAUUGAUGGUGGGCAUCGGAGCUGGAGUGCCCGGGCGGGCUUUGCAACCCGAUAUUCGUCUAGGUGAUGUUAUUGUGGCCUCGUCCUCCGACCAGUCUAUCGGCCCAGUGGGCGUCAUAGGCUACGAGCUGGGGGCAGAGACUGUCGAUGGUUUCAUCCGGAAAGGUUGGCAGCCCGAGACACAUCGACGCUUGCGAAAUGCCAUUGAAUCACUUGAGAGAGACGCGCAAAUCGACGACGUUUACGACUUUAUACAACACCUCGAUAGUCUCCGGGAAAGAAGAAACGGUCACAAGUUCCUAUAUCCAGGAAUGGACAAGGACAAAUUGUAUGUGGGAGACUAUACGGACGACUUGGUAGAGCGCCCACCGCGGCAGUCUCCGGAACCGGUUGUUCAUUAUGGCCUUGUUGCGUCGGGUGAUAAGAUUAUAAAGAAUGCGGCACUCAGGGACAGACUAAGGGAUCAAUAUGGUAUAAUUUGUUUUGAGAUGGAAGCGGCCGGCCUCAUGACCAUUAUGCCUGUUGCCGUCAUCCGAGGAGUCUCCGACUAUGCAGACUCUCACAAGAAUGAUGGGUGGCAUUAUUAUGCUGCAGCAACUGCUGCUGCCUAUGCUAAGAGUCUCUUGCUCAAAAUUGGUCCAGAACAACCUCCAUCUAUCAGCGACAACGCCCUCAACUAUGAUUCAAAUCUAGUGUUGACAAAUGAGAAAGAAGGCGCGUGCGACUGGAUAUUUGAAAACUCGGUAUUCAUACAGUGGCGAGAGCAGGACGACUUCAAAAGACAUAAUGGCGUGCUUUGGAUCAAAGGAAAUCCCGGCGCUGACGAGGCGGUUUAUAAACGAUUUAUUACAAUCUUCAGAGAGAAACAAAAAAUAUACCGAAGAAUCGAGUGGCACGAGUCAGAGCUUCAAGAUUUUCUCUUACUCGAAAUGAGGCAGUAUCGAUCUCGCCGUCUGCUCUUUAUUAUCGACGCUUUGGAUGAAUGCACCGAUUCAGACAGGUUGAAGGUUGUGGAAUUCGUCGAAUCAAUAAGCAUCAACUCUGGCACAAAUCUUUGGAUCUGUCUAUCCUCCCGACAUUAUCCCAACGUCACUAUAAAGAAGAGGCUUGAAAUCGUCGUGGAGAGGUCAGAUGAGCACCGCCGAGGCAUUGCAAAAUACAUCAAGAACAAGCUGAAACAAAAAUCCUCAGAGAUUCAGAAUCGUAUCCUUAAGAAGGCCGCUGGAAUUUUCAUGUGGGUUAUCCUUGUUGUCGCCAAGCUCAACGAGGCUUAUGAUCGUGGCCAAGUUGAAGUUGCAGAUAUGAGGGAAACUCUUGAUCAGAUACCGGGCGAUCUGGAAGACCUAUUCCAGACUCUUCUAAACAAAGACGAUGGAAACAAGGCUGAGAUGAUGCUCAUGUUGCAGUGGGUUUUAUACAGCAUGCGACCAUUAAAGCCAGAAGAGUUAUAUUUUGCCGUAAGAUAUGGAAUGGCAGCUCAAAACGGCAAAACCAGCAAAAGAUCCACAGCAACAAUCGACGAUAUGCGGCGGCGAAUCACUUCGUCCUCGAGAGGCCUUAUCGAGAUACGUGAAGGGGCGGACGUCGUGCAGUUCAUUCACCAAUCUGUCGAAGACUUUCUCGUUCGAUAUAACAGGAUGCGAAAAAUAGAUCCCUCAUUGGGACAAAACGUCACUUUUAGAAGCCACGAUCGUCUAAAAGUCUGUUGCUUGGAAUGUAUUACUACAGAGGGAGCGGACGAUAAAACAAAAGGUGGUCCCUUCCUUCAGUAUGCAUCGAGGUACUUGCUUGAUCAUGCUGAAAGAGCACAGGCAGAAUGCGAUGUGAAAUGGUUACACAGGCCGCAUCUUUGGUUCAAACAGUGGAAAAGAAUUCUCAGCAGCUCUGAAGAGUACCCGUUUCUAAAAUACGACACAGGAGCCGGGUUGUUAAACAUUUUACUUUUACGUGGCUAUCAUAACCUUUUCAGGAUUGCAUUACUUGGAAAAGGAGCCGAUAUCAAUGCACAAGGCGGACUUUUUGGCAACGCAUUACAGGUGGCAAUAGUCAAAAGAGAGGAUACAAUUGCGAUAGAACUGCUGGAGAAGGGAGCUGAUAUCAACCUACGGGGUGGAUUCUUCGGCAAUGCACUACAAGCGGCUAUAUCCAAAGGCAGCGAAGAGGCCAUAACAAUAUUGAUCGAGAAAGGUGCUGAUGUUAAUGCUCAGGGUGGAAUAUUCGGGAACGCCUUGCAGGCAGCUGCGGUCAGGGAGGAUAUUGAGAUUGUGAGGUUGUUGCUCAAGAAGAGAGCCGAUAUCAAUGCCCAGGGUGGCAUCUUCGGGAACGCCUUACAAGCAGCCGUAGCCAAGGGAAAUGACGAAAUAGUGGCCUUACUUCUCGAGAAAGGAGCCGACAUCGAUGCUCAAGGUGGCAUCUUCGGCAACGCAUUGCAAGCAGCUUUAGCGGCGAGACGGGAGAGUCUAGCCCUGACGCUUUUCAAAAAUGGAGCUGAGUUCAAGGCCUCAGGCGGUAUCUUCGAUGUGGUGCUGCUUAUAGCUGCCGCUUAUACCCAAGGAGAUAUUGUGAAGUCUCUUCUCGAGAAAGGAAGCAUCAAACCAACGCUCUCGUCAGAUAUGACGGAUAUCGACCUUGAAUGUGGACCAGCUCUCCUGUGGGCAGUUAGGAAUGGACAUGAAAAUUUAGUAAAAUGGUUACUAAGAAGGGGAGCAGAUGUCAACGCAAAUGGAAAGACAGCACUGCUCUGUGCUGCCAGCCAAGGGCAUGAAUCGAUGGUGAGAUUGCUCCUCGAAAAUGGAGCAGAUGUUAUGGCGAGUGAUAACGCUAGACGAACAGCGCUAUGCCUGGCGGCCAGCAACGGACACGAAGCGGUAGUGAGAUUGCUAUUGGAAAACGGAGCUGACAUUACGGCAAAAGAUAAUGCUGGACGAACUGCAUUGUGUCUGGCGGCAGCCCAAGGGCAGACUAAAGUGGUACAGCUGCUGUUAGAGAUCGGGAACCUCAUCAUGAACGGCGGUUCGCUCUUUGCAAAGGUAGUUGGCGGUGACGCCAAGUGUACAAUUGAGACUCUGCAGAUGAAUGGCGGUAUGCUGCAUAUGGAAAGCUCUGGUGGAGGUGCCAAGUCUAAGCUUGAGAAGCUUGAGAUGCGUGGUGGUUCACUCUACUUAAACGCAGAUGGCGGAGGUGCUGGCGUGAAGAUUGGGAUUCUAAAGUUAUCCGGUGGUGAGUUCAGCUUAAAUGCAGAUGGCGGUGGCGCUGAAGUGAAAAUUGAGAGGCUUGAGACAAGCGAUGGCUCAUCAACACCGGCUGAAAUGGAGAUGGUUCAAAUGUCUAAUGGAAAAGGCCAAGAAGUCCUCCGGGGACUAUACGGGGAGCUUCUAAAUGGGCGGAAGAUGAUACAUGAAAAAGCCAGCACUGGGGCCGCGAGCAAAGUGCCGGAGGGUACACGUCUGAGCAUAGGGGGAGGACCGACACCACUUCAUAUGGCGGCCGAGAAUGGUCACGCUGAAACCCGACGAAUGGACGAGGAGAUUCCGAAGAGGGCCUUUCUUGCCGUCACGCGAAGGACGGUCUCCGUCCAGUUCAUCAACGUCCAGUUCAUCCGUGACGAGAAGAUCACCACGACGACGGCGUUUCCUGCCGUCACGAGAAGAACGUUCAGUGUCCAGUUCAUCAAAGUCCAGUUCAUUCAUGACAAGAAGAUCACCCCCACGACGGCGUCUCUUACCGCCACGUGA